AUGUCCGAGGGCGCGACGGACGCGAUUUGCAUCCGAGUUGACGGGGGGCGAAUUGCUCUUCGAGGGGUCGGAGUAUAUCUCCACUCAGAGCAGGUGAAGCGACCAUGGCAAUGCGAGAUUUACGUGCUUCGCGAAGGUGAUCAGUUCUCCCUUUUGGCGAAAGCCUCAUGUGAGUUGAACAGCGGUGGAACAUCGGACACGGGCGUCAUUGUUUUGCCAGAGUCGAUUACUCUAGCCACUGGUGUCACCUAUGCCAUUAAAGUGUGGACACCGGAGAAUGGAAAGACCUAUUGUGGAGAAGGUGGAGUUAACUACAUCCGCCUUAAUAACGGUGCUCGUGUCACUUUCUCUUCCUGUUCACUCAGCGAAAAUGGCACUUCACUUCAGCGUGGCCAAAUACCGUAUUUCCUGUAUUCCGUAGUAGAAACGGAAAAAUCGGACAAAUCGGAGAUAAAGGAGGAGGUGCACAAGUCAUACGUGAUGCUUCUGCGACUUUUGUCGAACAAAAUUGGAGCAUUCCUUGUGAACGGUCAUAUCCCUCAAUGUGCCAAAUCAUUGAUCUCUCGAAUAUCUGGACACGUGAUGGUCUUCAUGGAGCUUUACCCUAACAAGGCAAUGGAGAUAUCUUGUGUUCUCGAGCAGCUGAUACCGAUGGUAUCAAGUGUGAAUGGCACUAUAAAGGCCAGUACUCUCAGUGAGUCUUCUGACCAGAAUUCUGACGUCUGCGAGGUGAAAACCACCCAAGUCACCGUCGAAAGUCCACAUCCGUAUAAGACCAACAACGUGCACUCAGUGGUCGUCAGUUUCGAUGACACAGUGAAUUUUCUCUGCAUACAGUUCUCGCCAUUGUGUGAAACAUCUCAGGCCGAUGAUCAGCUUCGGAUCUACAUGGGAGUAAAUAAGGAGAGCUACGUGCCAGUUGGAAGGUAUUUUGGUUCAAAGGACUGGCCGUCGACACCGCUUCUUCUACCGGGAAACUCAUUGUGGUUUGUGCUAGAGACUACUGUAGAAGUCGAAGGAGUCACUCCUGAACAGAUGUACGGUUUUCAUUGCACAGUGACUGGAUAUCCGGCAACAAGAAAAGAUUCCAACCUUGGACUCGAACAGGAGCUUGCGUGGCUUUCAGCAAGUGCUUGUCGAGUUAUAGUUCAGCUCUCGUCGGACGCAUCUGCACUCGACCACCUUUCGACUGCUGAGGACGACACAAGAAUCUUGCUGGAAAAACAUGGAUCACUGCUGAAGAAGGGCCUUAGCUUAACUCAUGCGCCGACGUUGAACGAGGUCAUUCAAAAAGGAUUGCCACAGUCGGCACAGUCUGCAGAUCUGGUAUUUCUUCGCGAGUUCCUAUCGGCAUGCGCGACAUCAACGGCAGGAUUUCUAGCGAGGUGGCUUCCUUCGGGACCAGUUGUCGAUCCAGCACGGUGUCAACUAACCAUCGUCCAGACAGAUAUGGUCGUUGGAAAGCCGAUUAAGGUGCGGCUCACCACAAAGGAUCAAUUUGACCGUGAGGUGAUGUGCUCGUCGAUGUGCGUUGAAGUGUCGAUGACGGCUGGGGACGCGUCCAUUUACUCUUCAGCUCGAUUUGCCUCUGCCGCUCUGCCUUCGCUAGAAGUCAUCAAGAAAAACCCUUUCCAACCGGUUCUAAUGAACCGAUGUCGCUAUAUGUCGAUAUCAGCGAUGCCGGCUUACACGAAUUAUUCCUAUGAAGAAAUUCGACUAGGCUUCACAAAAGCGACUGUGGUGCGGGAAAAGAUUAACCUGAAGCACAAGAAUAACUGCACUUUUGAAGGCGAAUGGACGCCUUCGGUAGCUGGAAGCUAUCGAGUUGCAUGCCGAGUAGAUGGCUGUGAGCUAACGCACAAUUAUCUCAUAGAGGUAUCUGAGCGCGAGGAGAAUGUGAAACGUCGAGAACAUCGCGCUGCACAACUGAGCAGAGCAAGGAAGGCUACUGUUCCAGCCACAUUACCGUUCCAAGCAAUAAGAAUGCGACUGGGCACUUCACUGACAGCACCAUGUGUUGGCACGAUUCCAAGGGGUGGUAAUAUCGCAUACAUUGAAAAAAUUGAGAAUGAGGACGGAAAAUGGCUGCGAUUAACCGACGAGACGGCCGUUCUCUAUGGUCAUGGCAACGUUUCUGGACAGGUGUGGUGUCUUGCGUAUCACCAGCACUUGCGCCGCGAAUUGAUACCGAUUGCUAGCGAUAUGGUUGACCGAUUGCCGGUGAGACGUCAAGAAGAUCCACCAGCUUUGCACGCCUCAUCCACUCAGCAGAGUGUCAUCAUUGAUGCAAAUGAAACUUACGUGCUCGAUGCAUCACAGCGUAUCCAGCUGUACAGCCGGCCAUCUCCUGAUGCACUCGUCGAAGGCGCUUGCAUUGAAGGACGCACUGAAUUGGAAGGAAGUGGAUGGGUGUCAAACCAGCAUGGAGUUUGGGUUCGAGUUGCUAACACCAAUCAGUUCAUCUUAGCAGAGAAUUCCAUUGGUCGAAGCGCCAUUCAGUCACCAUCUGCUAUCGCAUGCAACGCCAAUGCCGGAACGGAAGAGCGAUCUCCCCACCGCAGCGCACAAAUCAAGGUAGUUAUAAAAGUU